AUGGAGAGCUCCAAUGGCUCUGGCAGCGACACCAAACCGCAGAACCACCAUCUAGAGAAGAAGAGACUGAACCGAGCGCCUUCCCCGGCCAGACCUUUCCUCAAGGAUGUGCACUCCCGCUCCACCAAACCACCUGCCAUCGUCCCCAAAUCCCCCAAACUCAACAAGCAGCAGCAGCAUCAGUCUGCCACGGUGCCCUUACCCUAUCCGAACCGCUCCAGACGCACCAUAACCGGGUUGAAAGAGAAAUCAGCCACGGUUAAAAGUAACACCAAGUCUGCUGUCACGAAAAAGCCCACAAAGGUGCCCCAACAUGCAGCAGCCGAGCCCAAAGCUGCCAGCAUCAAACCGGACAGCACCAGCAGUCCGACCCUCGCCAAAGGCAAGAAGGGGAGACUAGGCUCGGGAUCUCCUGGCCCUGUCAGCCAUGGAUCCCCGAUCCGGGUACCGACCGGAGCGCCUCCCGGCCCGGUCAGCCAGACAGACAGCAGCUCAGAUCUGUCGGACUGUCCAUCCGAGCCGCUGUCUGACGAGCAGAGGCUUGCAGCGGCCGCUAGUAGCGACGCAGAGUCCGGUACCGGCUCCAGUGACCGGGAUCAGCUGGGAGCCGAUAAUCCCAUGUCUCAGGCUCAUCCUGCUCCGGGGACGCACGGAGAGAAACACAAGCAGGAGAAACCCUCAACAAGCGCACAAUUCAAACUGCCAGGCGCCAAGGAUGUAAGUGAGGAAGACCUGCUGCGGGAAAUUGAAGAUUUAAGAUCUGAAAACGACUACCUCAAGGAUGAAGUGGACGAGCUGCGGGCGGAGAUGGAGGAGAUGCGAGACAGCUACCUGGAGGAGGAGGUCUACCAGCUGCAGGAGCUGCGGAGGGAACUGGACCGCUCCAACAAGAACUGCCGCAUCCUCCAGUACCGACUGCGGAAGGCCGAGCAGAAGAGCCUGCGAGUCGCUCAGACCGGCCACGUGGACGGAGAGCUGCUGCGUAGUCUGGAGCAGGACCUGAAGGUGGCCAAAGAUGUGUCGGUGCGUUUGCACAACGAGCUGGAGAGCGUGGAGGACAAACGCAGCAGAGCCGAGGAUGAGAACGAGCUGCUCAGGCAAAAGAUCAUCGAGGUGGAGAUUUCCAAACAGGCGCUGCACAACGAGCUGGAGAGGACCAAAGAGACUGCACUGAGGAGACGAGGAAGCAGGGAAACAUUUAAAGACAAGAAAUCAUCAAGUCAGGAGGACAGUGCAGAUCUCAGGUGCCAGCUCCAGUUUUCUAAGGAGGAGUCCGGCCUGAUGAGGAAAAAGAUGGCGAAGCUGGGUCGGGAGAAGGAUGAACUGGAGCAGGAGCUGCAGAAGUACAAGUCAGUUUACGGGGACGUGGACAGUCCCCUUCCCCUGGCCGAGUGCUCCGGCGGGGGCCCUCAUACCACUCGAGAGGCCGAGCUGCGACUACGUCUCAAGCUGGUGGAGGAGGAGGCGAACAUCCUUGGAAGAAAGAUCGUGGAGCUGGAGGUGGAGAACCGCAGCCUGCGAGCAGAGAACGAUGACAUCCGCUGCCAGUAUGAAAGAGAUUGUUUUGGGCGGGAACCGUUCUCCAGCAUGCCGUCGUCGCCGUAUGGUGGUGAUGCUCUGGAGUCGGCCAGUGAGCUACGCCGCCAUCUCCAGUUUGUGGAGGAGGAGGCUGAGCUGCUUCGGCGCUCCAUCUCAGAGAUUGAGGACCACAACAGGCAACUGACCUCCGAGCUCAACCGCUUCAAGUUCGGCCCAAGCAGCAGCCCCGUUGGCGAGGAGGGCAGUGAAGGAGGACUGUUUAAACCCGGUAACGGGGGCAACGGUAAUGGCUCCAGCAGCGGGAUGAUGAUGGAGGAGCUGAAAUCAGCCAGGAUGCAGAUCAACGAGCUGAGUGGAAAGGUGAUGAAGCUGCAGUAUGAGAACCGUGUCCUCAUGUCCAACGUCCAGCGCUGUGACCUGGCCGCACACCUCGGCUUGCGCACCGUCAGCCCUCGAGACAGCGAUGCAGAGAGCGACGCAGGCCGACGGGAAGCCGCUGAAGAAGAGGAGGCAGGACGACUUCUUCUCCUCCACCCCAAGAGAGAGGGUCCCAUUGGGGGCGAGAGUGACUCAGAAGACCUGUUUGAGAAAACGACAACCACCUCAGGGUUCGGAAGCAUCAAACCUUCAGAUGGCAGCGAGCUCAGCGCCACUGAACUAGCCAACCGCAGGAGGGAAGAGCGGGAGUCGUUCACCAACGUGAAGCGAGAGGCGGAAAGGCUCGGGAAGACGGUCGACCGAUUGAUCACGGACACUGACAGUCUGAUCUUUGACGGCAGGCUGCUGGUGACGACAGGAGAGAGCGUGGACGUAGGGGCGGCAUCUGGAUCCAAACCAGACACCCAAGUCCUGGACACCAUCAACACACGCAUGAAGGCUUUCCGCACUGAGCUGCACAUCUUCAUGGAGAAGCUGGACCACGUAGGGGAAGGGCUGAGAGAAAGGACAGAUGAUUUGUCACCCAUGCCAAACCUCACAGAAUCCAGCAGCUUCCUGUCAACAGUCACCUCCAUGUCCCGUGACUCUCCCAUCGGCACCUUUGGAAGAGACCUGGUGACGGACUUCCAGUCCGGUCAGAGGGAUGAGCUGGAGUGGCGUCUAGGACAGGAGCGAGGCGUGGAGCCCCAGAGCCAGAGCCAGGGUGGGGGCCAGGCCCAGAGCAGGGGAGCCACUGGACUCACUAGGUACCACAGGCCCCUGGCUUUAAGAGCAGAGCUCCGGGACACGCCUGCUUCUGACAUCCAGUUUCGCCUGGAUCACGAACGAAGGCUGCGAGCGGCAACGGAGGAGCGGGAGACUGUAGUUUCACUUCCUCAGGAAGAUGAGCGUUUACGUCUGGAGGCCCAGCGUGGAGGUCUGGAGCUGCAGGGACUUCAGAGUCACGACGUGCCCUGGACUCAGGAGAGAGCCAUGCUGCAGCAAGAGGUCCGCCUCUUCAGACGCAACACCAUCAUCUUCUACAUGAAGCUCAGGUGGAUCCUCAUGCACUGGAGGCUCGGGCGCAAGGACGACUCCGGAGAGGAGGCGGUGCAUCCAGAGUUUGAAAAGUUGGAGGGCAUCCCAGAGUUGGGAGUGAUAAUGGAGCAGACGGAGGGGGAGUCAGAGAGAGACGACAGACUGUGUUUACCGCAAACUCCGGGGGACGUCCCUGAUCCCGGGCCCAUCUUCCCUCUGCCAUCACCCGAACGACACCUGCAGCAUCAAAGACAGUUCGGGGAGAACAGGCGAGUGUUGCAGGCCUUACGGACGCUGUUGGAGGAGUUUCGAGAGGAGCUGCGGGAGGAGGAGACGGGGCGAUGCCAACUGCUGCAGUCCUACGCCAAUGACAAAGCCGCCUGGGAGGUCAAGUGGGCAGAGAUGAAGUGCCAGGUCGCCAAGCUGGAAGAGGAGGUGCAGGACAAGGUGCGAGGUGAAGCGCAGGGAGAUGAAGGGGAGCCAGCAGCAGACCCGGAGUGGGCCUUCAAGCAGGAACGUGAGGAGCACCAACGCCUGCUGGCAGAGAGCCACAACACCUCCCUCGACCUCCGCUGGAAGCUGCAGCACGGAGAGAAGAGGUGGAGCCACGAGAGAACCGAGCUCCUGGACCGCUUCGACCGGGAACGACAGGAGUGGGACGGCAGCAUGAGGGAGCUCCACCGCAAGAUGGAGAGGAUGCAGAGAGAGCUGAACAGUCGGCGAGGAGAAGGCAUGGAUGUCAAAGACGGCAGCUUGAGCCACAGAGGUGGGUUUUCCCCUCAGGAUAGCCCCUGCAACGCCCCUCGGUCGCCUCGCUCCCCACGCUCCCCCUGUACAUCCACGCCUGUCCUGGUCCCCACUACACGCUCCCACUCUGACUCAGAAGCCAUGCUGGAGGACAAGGGGGCUGCGAUGAGACUGAAAGGCCCAACGGAAAACCUGUUCCUGGAUGCACUGACUCUGGACACCCUCAGUGGCCUGGACGUCCCUCCACCUUCCAGAAUGGAGACUGAGAAGAGGUUCCCCUGCAUGAAGGAGGCCUUGAAUGAGAUUUCAGAGAGAGAAGGUGAUCCUGCAGAAGAGGAGAUGGGUGGCGGGAGUCUGCUCAGAGCAAAGUCCGUGUGCUCCAUGAGCGACUUCCAGCGGUUAAUGGACAGCUCGCCGUUCCUCCCUGACAAGACCCGCCACGGUGACCAGGGCCAAGACGACGUCACCCCGCCCCUUUCUCCGGACGACCUCAAGUACAUCGAGGAGUUCAACAAUAAGGGCUGGGACUUCCCAUCAUCCACCUCUGGCCCAGGUCCUACUAGAGAGGCGUGGGCAGAGAAAACCUCCGAGGCCCGGGGAGGAGAGCCCGUUCCUGAUCCAUUCCAGCCAGCCUCCUGGUUCCUCACCACCAGCGCCACCCUGACCACCAGCACCCUGAGCAGCCCUGAGCACUGCCACAAGUCCCCGCUGAGGGGCAACGGAGCAGGGGCGGCAGGGUUGGGAGUGGAUCACUAUGGGGUGCACAUCCUCCACAGCCCCACCAGAACUGGGGCAGCUGAGCGCCCUGCUGCCCAAGACCCGGACUUCCUGUACGCAAAGGGGACCAAAGCCAGAGGUGGAGGAGAGGCGGGGGUGGGUGCCAGCGGGCCAGAUGAAGUGUUCAGCGGUGGGAGGUGGGCUUGUGGCCUUUUGGAGACUGGUGGGCUGAGGACUUCUCCUAGCCAGUCUCCUAUCUGCCCCACAGUAGGUUACGCCUCCUCUCUGGAGCUUCAGCUCUCCAGAAACUUGAGUGACGACAUGAAGGAGGUGGCCAUCUCCGUGAGGAACGCCAUCCGCUCUCCGCCAGGGCCCGUUGUCCGGGACUCCGCCUGCCAAACCAACGGUUUCACCACGCGAGGGACUCAGACCACCCAGACCAUCAGCGUGGGUCUGCAGACGGACCUGCUGAGGAACUUGACCAGCAGCCCUCACCGCUGCCUCACCCCGAAAGGUGGCAGCACGCCAAUCUCUUCUCCGUCGCGCAGCCUGAGGAAGGUUCAGUACUCUCCUGUCAUCCAGAGUAAGUUCGAGCGACCCUGCUGCUCGCCAAAGUACGGCUCACCCAAACUUCAGCGCAAACUGUCCUCAUCCAACAAGGCAGACCUGCCCAAUACGAGCCGUGCCCCCACCCCCACCACACCCCAGAAGGGCAACAGCGAGUCGGCGUGGGCCCGCUCCACCACCACUCGUGACAGCCCCGUCCACACCACCAUCAACGACGGCCUCUCCAGCCUCUUCAACAUCAUCGACCACACCCCCGUGGUCUUCGACUCCUUGCAGAAGUUCAACAAGUCCCCCAGUCGCUCUCGCCCCACGCCGCCCUCCACCACCGAGCCCAGCCCUGCUCACGGGGACACCAGGAACUCGCAGGAAUGCUUGCGGAUUGCUCGAGGGCGUUCACCCAGCCCCGUGCAGCUGAUAGUGGAGACGCAGGGGGACAAAAACCCAGAGGUGGUGAGCAUAAGGCAGGACCUGUCGGCUCCUCCGGGCUACACGCUGGCUGAAAACACAGCCCGCAUCCUCAAUAAGAAGCUGCAGGAACAGAGCUUUAGAGAUGAGAGGAGGCUGCAGGCUGGAGGACAGAGCGGCCACAGCAGAGACAGCAGCAGGCAGGCCGACUCAGAGAGAGGACAGUCUGGAUGUAUGGAGGACCUGCCUCGCUCUCCGGUGGCUCCGCCCUUGGACUCCAGGUUCCUGAGACCGGCCCGCCCGGCCAACAGAAGACCCCCCUCGCGCUGGGCCUCCCGCUCCCCUUCCUCCUCCCCUAAGUGGAGCGAGGCCUCAAAGAGGAGAUUCACCUUUCCGCCACCGGGUCAUUGGAAAACCAUCUUGGAGGGCGAGGAGCCGGCGUGA